UGGAACCUCUCAACAUUUUCUGCCAUGAAACGUCUUUUGCUGCUCCUCCUCUGCGUUUCCAUAGCUAAAUCCCAGAUGGAUUAUGAUGAGGAAGGAAAGAAAGAGCUUCAACAAAAACCUGAAGUGGGUGCUCGGGGUCAUCGACCAGUAGAUAAAAGACGGGAAGCAAUUCCAACUCUGAGACCAGCUCCACCUCCCAUCAGUGGAGGAGGAUACCGAGCUCGUCCAUCCCAACCUCAGCCUGCUCAUCUCAAGAAAUUGGAAAGAAAAGCACCUGAUGCUGGAGGCUGUCUCCAUGCUGAUGCAGAUAUGGGAGUGUUGUGUCCAACAGGAUGUGUGCUACAAGAUGCAUUAGUAAAACAGGAAAGAAAUAUCAAACCCACUGUAAGAGAUUUGGGUACUGAAGUGGAUGAGAUUUCUCGGAGUACUUCUACCAGCUUUCAGUACGUAGGGGCCUUAAAAGACUUGUGGGCCAAACAACAGAAGCAAACAAUAGACAAUCAAAAUGCAGUAAGUGGGUUUUCCUCUGAAAUGGAAAAGCAUCAAAUUUAUAUCCAGGAAACUGUGAACACUCAUAUCCCAACUAACCUCCGAGUACUUCGUUCAAUCCUGGAAAACCUAAGAAGCAAAAUACAGAAAUUAGAAAGUGAUGUUUCAGCCCAAAUGGACUACUGCCGCAACCCAUGCUCUGUCAGCUGUAAUAUCCCAGUGGUUUCAGGCAAAGAGUGUGAAGAAAUUAUUAGGAAAGGAGGUGACACAUCUGAAAUGUAUCUCAUUCAGCCUGAUGGUUUUGCCAAACCAUACAAAGUUUAUUGUGACAUGAAGACAGAAAAUGGAGGAUGGACAGUAAUCCAGAACCGUCAAGAUGGUAGUGUUGACUUUGGUAGAAAAUGGGAUGCAUACAAAAAAGGAUUUGGAAAUAUUGCAACCAACGAAGAUGCAAAGAAAUACUGUGGUUUACCAGGUGAAUAUUGGCUUGGAAAUGAUAAAAUUAGCCAGCUUACCAAAAUGGGGCCCACUGAACUUCUGAUUGAAAUGGAAGACUGGAAAGGCGAUAAGGUGAAGGCUCAUUAUGGAGGAUUCACUGUACAGAAUGAAGGAAACAAGUACCAGAUCUCCGUCAGUAAAUACAAAGGAACUGCUGGCAAUGCCCUUAUGGAUGGAGCAUCACAACUGGUGGGAGAGAACAGGACCAUGACCAUUCACAAUGGCAUGUUUUUCAGCACAUAUGACAGAGACAACGAUGGCUGGGUAACUGCAGAUUUGAGUAAACAGUGUUCUAAGGAAGAUGGUGGUGGAUGGUGGUACAACAGAUGCCAUUCAGCUAACCCAAAUGGCAGAUACUAUUGGGGUGGGCAUUACAGCUGGGAUAUGGCAAAACAUGGUACAGACGAUGGAGUUGUGUGGAUGAAUUGGAAGGGGUCAUGGUAUUCAUUGAAGAAAAUGUCUAUGAAGAUCAGACCAUUCUUCCCACAACAAUAGUUCCAAAAACCAACAGAUUUUUUUAAUCUUUCCAUAUGGGACAAUGGAUUUUUUUAUAUAUUGUGAUUACAAUUUUCCUUCACAUAUUGGAAGCAAACCUCCCAAAGGUUAUUGGUAUAAUAUAAAUUGGGAAAGUUAUUCAUGAUAAAAGCCCUUAAAUGCCAUCCAUAUAACUUUAUUUUCUAUUUUUGAUUUGUAUUUUUUUUGUCAAGAAACUACUAUAAAGAAAAUUGGAAAAACAAAGUCAAUAAUAAAUUUCAACUCUGCCUACUCAUGAAAAGCAUUAAAAUAAGUAGAGGAAUGUUAUAUGGUUAUGAAAAAAUCUAUGAGGCAAGCUAUAAGCUAAUGUUUCAAACUCUAUGGACCAUAUUUAUUUAUGCAAGUUCUGUGAGAGAACGUUUUCCAAAAACAUGUUCAUUAAAUACUUUUCACUGCAAUAA